UGGUGGAUAAUUUGUUUGAAAACCUUAGGAAUGUCUCGACUGUGUCCGACCAAACACGAUUUGACGUGACAUUAUUUGAAUGUCCUGCGUCAGAGUUCAUAUGUCGCUAACUUAUUGUAGCACAAUAGCACAUCACAAGUGCUGAAAUAGUGACCGUGGUAACCCCACAUUCCGGGUGCGGUAUGUAGCUCUGGUUGUUAGGACGGUUGUUGGGGAUCUGCUGGUUGUUAGUGAUCGGCUGGUUGUUUUUCUGCUGGUCUUCUUCUCACACCGGAUGAUGGAGCCACCCAGCUUCGUGUCAGGUCGAGAGGACAUUUCAUCGGUGUUCCUGGAGAAAACGCCGGAUGACAAACACAAUGAUUUAAGUGACCAGUAUGCUUACGUAAGAAAGAUUCGUGGGGAUGGGAAUUGCUUCUACCGUGCCUUCUGUUUUGCAUACCUGGAGUCGAUUCACAAAAAUGACAGGAUUUUGCAGAGAUUCAAGGUUAGACUGAUGAAGAGCAGAGGAGAGCUGUCCUCGGCAGGAUUGGAUGAGACUGCCUUUAAUGGUCACCUGAAUAAAGUCAUAGACGUUGUGGAGCAAUGCCAGGCAGAUGAGAAAGAAGAGACGUUGCUCACACUCUUCAAUGAGCAAUCUACCUCCGACAGCGUCGUCCAGUAUCUGAGACUGCUCACGUCCACCUACCUACAAAACAACGCAGACUUCUUCUGUAACUUUGUAGAAGCACCUUGCCUGAAAACCUACUGCAAACAAGAAGUAGAGACGAUGGCGAUGGAGUGCGAUCACGUAGACAUCUUGGCUCUACUGAAGGCCCUGGAUGUUGGCAUCCACGUAGUGUCCAUGGAGGGCCACGACCAUCGGCUGGUUCACCACAUCAUUCCAGAGGGGGCAGAGCCCUCCCUGCAUCUUCUCUACCACACCUCCCACUACGACAUACUCUAUCUGCGUUCCAAACUCUGACCACUGCUGUCCACCAAAGACUCCAGCCAUCUAAGGGCUGUUCAUCGGAUGCAUAAACAUCAAAAGGAUUUAAGAAAAAGUCAUAAACAAAUGCCUUUCAUACCAUAAUGUAAUUGUACAGUGAUUGUAAAACAUACAGAGAUAUAAUUUUGCACAAUAUUGUCUUCAAAAAGGUUGUUUAAAAUAUUCCUGGACGUAAAAAGACAUUUCUCACGUGUCUGUCCGCAAAUAAAAGUGUUUCCGUCAAUGCUCA